AUGGAAAGGUCCCUGGAGUUGGCCAACAUGAGCAGAGUCCGAGAGUUUGUCCUGCUGGGUUUGUCCACCAGGCCAGAUGUAAGGGAAGCCCUGUUUGCCAUCUUCCUGAUGCUCUACCUACUGACCCUCUUGGAGAACACUCUCAUCAUCUACCUCAUCUGCAGCCACAGUGAGCUCCACAAGCCCAUGUACUUCUUCCUGGGCAACCUGAGCUGCCUGGAGAUGUGCUACGUGUCGGUGACCAUGCCCAGCCUGCUCGUGGGGCUGUGGGCUGGACCCUACCAUAUUCCCUUCACAGCCUGCAUGACACAGCUCUUCUUCUUUGUCUCUCUCAUCUGUACUGAGUGCACCCUGCUGGCCUCCAUGGCCUAUGACCGCUAUGUGGCCAUCUGCCAGCCACUCCACUACCCACUGCUCAUGCGGCCCCAGGUCUGCCUGGCUUUGGCCUUGGCCUCUUGGCUUGGUGGUUUUCUGGUCUCAGUGGUUAAGACCACAUGCAUCGCCAGCCUCUCCUACUGUGGCCCCAAUGCCCUCAACCAAUUUUUCUGUGAUGUCUCCCCUCUGCUCAACCUGUCCUGCACCCACGUGGCCCUGACAGAGCUGGUGGACUUCAUCUCUGCCAUCAUCAUCUUCUGUGGGACACUGCUCAUAUCUUUGGCCUCCUAUUCAGCCAUUGGGGUGGCUGUAUUCCACAUGCCCUCAGCCACAGUCCGCCGUAAAGCUUUCUCCACCUGCGCCUCCCACCUGGUCGUGGUGGGCAUCUUCUACUCAGCUGCCCUCUUCAUCUACUGCCGCCCCAGCCGUAUCAAGUCCAUGGACCUCAACAAGGUGCUGUCAGUCAUCUACACGGUGGUCACGCCCAUAUGUAACCCUAUCAUCUACUGUCUACGGAACAAAGAGGUCCAUGCAGUGCUGAGAAGAUCCAUCCACCUGCCUUGA